CGCACUGGCACGAUUGUCUUUUAUUUUGUGUGGUUUUGUUGUUGUUUUGUUUAUUAUGCAUUUCUUUUUUAUUGUUUGAGUUCGUGAGUUGUGCGUCGGCAUUUAAAUUAAAUCCUUGGCAUUUCGGCAGCGGUUGCCAAUAUUAUUAUUGCAUGGCGGGAAUUGUGGUUGAAUAAAAUAAUGCGAAGAAAACCUAACAAAUGUGCAAUGUGCGUCAAGUCAAUGGCAAUACAAACGAACAAUUAUUGCUAACGUAACCGGGCCGAGGCACAAAAAAAUCAUUCCAUGCAUCAUCACCAGCAGCGCCUGCGGGAAAAUGGCGGUCGAGGAGGAUCGGGUUCAGGAUCGGUAUCGGUGUCGGGAUCAGGAUCAGGAUCAGGAUCAGGAUCAGGAUUGUGCGCCCAUUGUCGGGGCCAACUACUGCCCCAUCCGGAGGAGCCCAUCGUGAUGGCUCUGGGUCAGCAGUGGCACUGCGACUGCUUCCGCUGUUCCGUUUGCGAGGGCCACCUGCACAACUGGUACUUUGAGCGCGAGGGUCUACUGUACUGCCGGGAGGAUUAUUACGGCCGGUUCGGCGAUGCCUGCCAACAGUGCACGGCCGUUAUCACCGGACCCGUUAUGGUGGCCGGCGAGCACAAAUUCCAUCCGGAGUGCUUCUGUUGCGCAGCAUGUGGCUCCUUCAUCGGCGAGGGUGAAUCGUAUGCGCUGGUCGAGCGGUCGAAGCUCUACUGUGGCCAGUGCUAUGGCAAGCGAUCCUGCCAGCCGGCAGAUGCCAAGGCACGGAUCACGACGGCCGGCAAGCCGAUGCACUCCAUCCGGCUGGUGGAGAUCCCCAAGGACGCCACACCGGGCCUGAGGGUCGACGGAGUGGCCCUGGACGACGGCUGUCCCACAGUCCGCAUUACAGACUUGUUUUGUAACUUCUUCUUCUGGCUGACCUCGGUGGCGGAACAGUGCUGUGGUGCCCCUUAUAGGAUCGAUGUGAAUCUUACCAAUUUGCACAUUGGCGACCGCAUCCUGGAGGUGAAUGGGACACCAGUCAGCGAUUCUUCGGUGGAGCAGAUCGACAAACUGAUCCGGAGUAAUGAAAAGAUGCUGCAGCUGACCGUGGAGCAUGAUCCGGUGCAAGUGUGCCGCUCAUGCAGCCAAGCCGAUAUCCAGAGGGCCAUGUCAGCGUCCACAUUAAUCCUGCCGCUCAGCACUUCGGCCUCCAGUGUGGAGGUGGGCAGGGAGCGACUCUAUAGGACACCCGGCGAACAGGGACCAAAGGCCAGGAAACUGCGUCAAGCCACCAAUGCCUCAACCACCAUACCGCCAUCGACGGCAGCAGGAGCGGCCACAAUGACCCAAUUGAAGGAGAAGGAGCGCUGUUCCAGUCUGUCCAAGUUGCUGGACGAACAGCACCAGGCACAACAGCACUCGGCACAUCCCCAGCUAUACGAUUUGUCGAGGACACAAUCCUGUCGUGUGGUCCAGAAACCUCAGCGAAUCUUUCGGGCAUCUGAUCUGGUUAUUGGUGAAAAGUUGGGCGAAGGCUUUUUCGGCAAGGUGUUCAAGGUUACCCAUCGCCAGAGUGGCGAGGUAAUGGUCCUCAAAGAGCUCCACCGUGCGGACGAGGAAGCCCAAAGGAAUUUCAUUAAGGAAGUGGCUGUUCUCCGCCUGCUGGACCAUCGCCAUGUGCUCAAGUUUAUUGGUGUGCUGUACAAGGACAAGAAACUGCAUAUGGUCACCGAAUAUGUGGCCGGUGGUUGUCUCAAGGAACUCAUCCACGACUCUGCUCAGGUCCUCUCAUGGCCGCAACGCGUUUGCUUGGCCAGGGACAUUGCCUGCGGCAUGAGCUACCUGCACUCGAUGAACAUCAUCCAUCGUGACCUCAACUCGAUGAAUUGUCUGGUGCGCGAGGAUCGAUCGGUUAUUGUGGCAGACUUUGGACUAGCACGCAGUGUGGAUGCACCGCGUCUGCCUGGCGGCAAUGUGGCAUCCUCUGACCGUGGUGGCAAUGCCACACCAGGGGGCUAUGGAUCGGGCGCUGGUAGCGAUGCGGCCAUGUCGCCGGGCGGAACUCUCAGGCGCAGCAAGAGCAGGCAGCGUAGACAGCGAUACACGGUGGUCGGCAAUCCCUACUGGAUGGCACCCGAAAUGAUGAAGGGCCUUAAGUACGAUGAGAAGGUCGACGUCUUUUCCUUUGGCAUUAUGCUGUGUGAGAUUAUUGGUCGCGUGGAAGCGGAUCCGGAUUUCAUGCCCCGCAACUCGGACUUCAGCCUCAAUCAGCAGGAGUUCCGCGAGAAGUUCUGCUGUCAGUGCCCAGAGGCUUUCGUCAAAGUGGCCUUCGUGUGCUGCGACCUUAAUCCCGAUCUGCGUCCGUGCUUUGAAACCCUGCACAUUUGGCUUCAACGGCUGGGCGAUGAUCUGGCCGCCGAUCGUGUGCCGCCCGAGCAUCUGCUGCACGAGAUCGAGAACUUCCAGGAGUGGUAUGCCAGCUCCGAGGAUGCCUUGUCGCCCACCUCGCAGCGCAGCUUGAAUAAUCUCGAUGAGGUGAUCCAGAUUGCGGUCGAAACGGAUACAUCAACGGUGGCAAAGGAAAAGGAGAAAGAGAAGGAGAAUCUGGCUAUCAAGCCGCAGGAUAUACCCAAAUCGCCGCAUCUGGGCAAAGAUUUCUCGCCGAGCGGUGAAAGGCUGCGGGACAGUAUGCGUGCCAGGCGCCGGCAGCGUUUUCUGGGCGCCCAAGAGGAGCGACGUAAUCUAACUCCCGAAACGGAGUCCAAGGAACGGGCUCUAAAGCAGGCCCUCAGAAAAUGUCGACCGUUCGGUGAGAGAGGUUACUUGGUGGACCUGCGGCCCGGUGCCGAAUUGCAGCUGCAGGAUGUAAGGGAUCUGAACACCUAUUCCGAUGUGGAUUCCAGUUGCGAUACUAGCUUGAAUUACCAGGAGGUGAACAAUAUGCCAGUGGCACAAGAGGACGAAAAGCCAGUGAAAGCGGGCAAUGAGGUGAUGGAGGAAAACGCAAGCAGGACGGAUACGCAGCACCAUCGCCUGGCCAUUGACGAUAUGCGCACCCGCUUGCAUCAAUGUCGCAGCAAAUUCGAGCACUUAGAGGAGGCUAGCCGACGGAACUUUAACCAAUCCCAGCACUCGAUGAGGAAUUUCUUCAAAACACCACCGGUGGCCCUAAAGAUGUUUCAGCGUUUGGAGCAUGAAGCGGCUGCCCUGAAUGGUGGCAACAAUUGCCCACCGCCACCACCACGCACGCAGCGCAUCAAUCAGACUCCAAUUUUUGGCCGUAAGAAUCCGCCUGCAACGGCAAGUGUGGGACAAAAGCUGCAGCAUGCGGAAUCCCUAGAGCAUUUGGCUUCCGGCAGUGUUAGCAAACCACUGGCCACGCCGGCUCCGAAAAGGAGCAAGGCCGCCACAACGACCAAAAGCCAGAGCAGUAGCAACACCACCACCAUCACCACCACCAACCCGCCACUCUUUCUGCCGCCCAGCCACAAUAGUAGUGUUAAUUUGAAUAGCAACGGCAAUGUGACCACCAGUUGUACACCAUCAUCCGCUCCACCAGAUUGGCUGCCAAAGAAGCACAAGCUGACGUUGCCCCUGCCAACGUCGCAUCCACAAGCGUCCCCGCAGCUGCCACCGCAGCGAACGAGCAACAAUCAUCGCCUGCCAUCGACCAAUGGCAAAGGCAAGCCGCUGAGGCCAACGCCCAGUCGGACAGCCCAAGGAAUGCCCGCCGGCAAUUGCGUCUCGCCCACCAGGAGCAGCAGGCCGGGAUCCCCCAGCAAGCAUUUGGCCCAGAGGCACACCGCCGCCACGGCCCAACGACUUACCAAUGUGACCGCUGCCCACCAGCAACAGCAUCAACAUCAACAACAAUCCACGAAGACGACACGCCUGAGCAUACUUAGUCCGGAGAAGGUGCAUCGCCUGGGAGCCCGUCUCAGCGAUCAGAAGCAGAAAAUGCGCGAUGAGGCAGCGGCGACAGGUGCAUCCGCCGGAGCGGGAGCAGGUUGUGCGGCAUCACCGGCAACGGGAUCCUCCGGCAAUGGUCACCUUCAGGGCUAUCGGACUGGAGCCUCGGGAACGACGAAUCCAGGCGGCGGUGAAAGAAGGAGGCGAGCACCACCGCCGCCCGUUCGCACGCAUUUCAAUACGCGCUGCUAGCUGGGCAAAAUUGCCAUACUCUUAUAUACUCGAUUGUCAAGUGUUGUGCACAGUGUGUUGUUCUCACUCAGGGAGCCCUAUUAAGCAGUGUAAUGUUCUACUGACUAACUGUUGUAACUAGCCUAAUUGUUUUUACCACAUAACUGUUGUAAUUCGUAAUACGACUGUUCGCUUUCCAAAUGUACAGAAAUACUUAUUCCACUAUUUAACCAUAUAAUACCAGUACAUUUCUGUAACAUUUCCAUUUCUAUUUUUCUGUAUAACCAGUCAUUUUAUAUAACUAUUUAAUGCUUUUCUUAAACCAAAAAAAAACUAGUGAACUGUUCUACUGUUGUGAACGCAACUGUUAUAUACGCACAUGACAAACUCAACAUUCCAACAAAAAAAAAAAAAAACACAGAAAUCGUCUACGAAAAACGAAUAGCGAACUAUAGCGACACUCUUGGAAUUGAGAACGGAAAAGAAUCUUUGAGGAAUAAUCAGAUAUCAAUUCCAAAAGCGGCAAUCGACGACAGUUUUCAAAACGGUCGAAAAGAAAUUACAAAGAGGGCAACUACGAAUAUAUCAGUGAUGCUCAAAAAGCCCAACGAAAACUGUUAUACCCAGCUUUCAAUCAAAAGGUUUUAUAUUAUUGUUUUUAACAUUCAAUUUUAAGUUCAAACUAAACGAAGGUUAAGUGCCUGUUAUGAAAGAAAUCCAACAAGUUGCAAUAUUACAUAGAUUGUAUAAACCAUGCGAAUAAUUAUAGUAUUUAAGAAUACAGGGUAACAACUGUUCCGACUAACUUAACGAACUCACUAAAAUGCUAAGCAAUUACUUUUUAGCCCACUACUGUCCGAUAUAAAGUUAUUUGAAAAACAUAGAUAGAGAUAUACAGAAUACAGAAGUAGAGAGGGAAAAAACUUGUGCCAUGAAGCUGAGCGAAGAACGAAAGAAUCUGAAGAAUCUUGCGAGGAAGGAGGAGUAGGAGCCCACCCACAAAAAAAGACAAUGGAACGAAAAGAACUUUAACUAGAAAAAUUGUGGUUUGAAUAUUUUUGAUAUACACCAUAUAUAAAUAUAUUUAUAUAUAUAUUCCAUAACUAUAUAGAUAAACGUAUUCCAUGUUAGUGCUUAAAUCUAAUUUAUUAUAUCUCGAUUUUCCACCCAUCCGCCCCGUCCCCCCAUUCCAUGAACAAUAAUUAACCACGCUAGGAAACACUUUUUUUUUGUACUGUGGAGGAAAAGUCUAACUUUUGUAAUCGUAUAAGAACGUUUUUGCUCAAAGGCAAUUUUAGGUUGUAAGUGAUACAUACAUACACCCACGCUAAUUGUUAUACAAAACACGCACACGCUCAAGCCUAAUACUGUUAUACUGUUAAACUGUGUACUUUAUAUAGCCAUUAUACCUUAACCUAUAUAUAGGAUCGAAACGCUUUGCAAUUAACAGCUUCUAAAUGACACUUGAGCCUGGCCACUGUUAUACGGACAUAUGUCUGUAUAACAGUGGCUCCGCCCAAAAAACGAUCUAGCAUUUAAUUAUCUAUAUACAACAAAAUAUGUUCGAUAUUUUUAUAUGCAGUUAAUGUAAUGUGUUGUAUUUUGAUUCCACCUUAUAGCUACGUUUAUACGCCUGCUCUUCAAUGUUUCAAAAUAUUUAACGUAUUUACAAAUAUAACUUACACAAUUCCCUAUAAUCUCCAUACCGUUGAACAGAUAAUAUCAGUAUAGCAACAUUUUUCUACCCAUUUGUAAAUAAGUUUACUAACUAGUAAUUUUUUGGUUACCUAGUUAUUUGGUUAGAGAAAGAUUUGUAUUCACAUAUGCAGCUUGUGUAUAAACGUAGUAACUCUCCUUUGGUUUUAAUCUUAAACUUGUUUUUUUAUAUAAAAAAUGAAAAUUGGAAAAAAUAAAUAAACAAACUGAAUGGAAA